AUGGCGCCUUCUAUCGUCCGAAGGUUUUCGUUGCCUGCUGCGGCAGUGCUAAUGAUAAGCACGACCUCCACGUACGCCCAUGAGGAUGAGCUUUACAAGGGGUCGCACAAGCCAGGCUCUCCUGCAGUUCUCGACGACUUCAAGGACUUUGAUCGCUAUUCCACAGCUCCGUUUAAUGAAGCUAAAAUCGAUUCGCAUGCAAAGCGUGCUCUGCAGAGUUUCAAGCCUCAUGCGGUGACUGACAAAACGGCCUGCAAAAACUGCACCAUGAUUAAGGCUAUUUAGAUAAUUAAUGUUUGUUCUUUGGCGCAUCCAUCUGAAAAGUAUGCUUGAGAAUUCUCGUGCUAUGUAUUUGUAUAGUUGUAUACUCUUCAGGGAUGCAGUUGACAGAUGAAUUACGGAGAGCUCUAACGUGGGUGCUGCUAUGCAUGUCAUGAAGUACGUGUGGACGAAGGUGACUGAGGAAUGCAAAAAGACCGACGUUGUAGUUGGCGAGCAGGAGGAUGGUAUUGAUUGAUCCUAUCAAAUUUGAAUCUAAGACAACUACUCAGUAGAACGAAGUGCUGGAGAUAUUUAUCCCAUUAAUAGGUUCUCUUCCCGCCCUUAUUUCGUCGAUACCGUUUCUAGGUCGUACGUUGUAUUUUCCUUGUAUCUUCCCUUCAUUCAAACCACAAAAAUUGCAGCGUUCUUCAAGCCUCGUUCGUUCAUGAAGAAGACCUUGACCGACAUGGAUGUGGAGCAUCCUGGUAAGGAGAAAUGGUGUGCUUUUGUCGAAGUGCAUCCGAAAUUCGCGUACGGAGUCCUGUUGGACAAAGUUCAGCCUCUUUCGCUCGGUUACAUGUACUGCUUGGGUGCUAAGGCGUGCGAUGCAGAGAAGGAUUCUCUGGAAACUACUAUGAGUAUGAUCACUGCUGCAGGAGAUGAUCAAUUAUACGGCGUUUCUCAGACAGGAACAAAGGAUUUCCCCAUCGCCUACACUGCUCCUGCCGAGUUGGAGGCGUACCUGGGAAACGUGAUGGAAAGCAUGCAGGAAAAAUUUUUCUCUGCGGAUGGCGAAGACGCGACUGAAAUGUGGAAGAUGAAGAAAAUGAAAAUGCACCAUAAGAAAGGCCAUUUUUUCGAUCCAGUAGCAAUGUUUUUCCAUCGUAUCUCUGUUUUUAUGGGAGUCGAGGAACCUCCGAUGCCGCCCAUGCCGCUUUUGGAGGAGGAACGAGAAGGCGUUGUUGAUGCGGAGGAUGAAGGUAAUUAUCUCUUGAUUUCUUUUCGGACGAUAAAGGAGGUUCACUUGUCUUCUUUUCCACCGACAAGAUUUAGUGUGCUCAACAUCAUGUUAAGAGUGAGUUACUGUUUUUAGAUCCACCAAUAAGAAGGAUUUCCAACUUCUGUCCAUCUCAGAUAUCGACGAGGACUCGAAAGGAAAAGGAAAGGGAGGUAAAGGCAAGGGCGGCAAAGGCAAAGGUGGCAAGGGUAAGGGCGGCAAAGGCAAAGGUGGUAAAGGAAAAGGCAAGGGUCCGAUCAUCGAUCCUUACGCCAUGUGCGAUGAUGAUGAGGCAGCCCCUGAGAGUAAGCCGUUCGAUAUGGUCCCGAAGUUCCGCGAUGAUUUUCAUCUUGAGCAUAAGCAUCCCCAUCUGUGCAAAUGCUGCUAUCGCAAACUGACGAAAAAAGUGAUGCAAUUUGUUAUGGGUCAUUUUUUUGCUACAGUAACUAGUUCUUGUUCCUCCUGUCCUUCUAUAUAAUUUCAUUUUGUAGAAGUACCUUAAUGUUCAUCUUCUUGUUUCCCAGGAGCUUAAGUCCAUAUAAGUUCAAUUGCUAAACAAGUAUCUAUGUUCUAUCUGGACGAUGCUUCCUAAUCCUAGAUCAGCCAGUCCCUCCGACCACUUGUUCUAAUCUCUCCGUGAAAAUGGUGAAGAAAUUGUGCGCAUCCGAUGCAGCCAAGGAGUGUCCGUACGUGAAAGGCUUCUGCGCCUUCGGAGAAAAGCAUCCCGCUGUGGCGUUUGGCAUCAUCCUGUCCAAGGUGGAACCCCAGAAGUACGCCUUGUUGCCUUGUAUGGUCUGGGGAGGAAAGGGUCAUGUUAAAGUUAAGGCAACAACUAGUACGAAGAUGAGUGCAUGAUGCCCCGAAAUAUCAUGAUCCUUGGCUUCCUUUCUCAAAGGGAGAAAAAGGAGGCCAAGGAUCACCCGAAGGAUGCAACUAAAUGCUAGCUCUACUAAUCAUGGAGGAAAAGGUCGUCAUCAUGGACUUCACCAUGGAGAGGAGUUCUCCUGGGCUGGAAAGGGUAACGGAUUCCACGGAUGGGGGCAUUCUUUCCAUGCUGGUGCAGUAGAACACCCUUUCCAUGGAGAUGGAGAUGUUGAACAUGCUGCUCCUAGUGUCGAAGGUCAUCAAGCUGCUGUCGCAGGAAAGCGCGAUGAAGCAGGAGGAGUAGAUGGACAGAAAGAACACGAAGGAGGUCAUCAUCACGGUCCUCAUCAUCACGGUCAUCAUCAUCACGGUCAUCAUCACUACGGUCAUCAUCAUCAUGGCUUUCAUCAUCACGGUCAUGAUUCUGAUGAUUCUGAUGGAGGAAAAGGCGGUGAUGCGGCUUCUGAGGAUCCUGAAUCGAAGGGUACAGUCGCUGAGUCCUCGGUGGCUGUAGGGACUGGACCGAAAGUUGAGAUGUGGAUCUAAGUUGAACAGGAGAUUGUUCUGGGAGUGGGAAGAACGAUAGAAAAGAUAAUUACCGUUGACUUUCAGAAGGUUGGACAAGGUUAUACAGUAGUAGAUAAGUACCUGCCUGACUUUUCUUUUCUCGGUUUUUGUUUUUUCUAGUUAGGUAUGCUCCACCAGCGUUAUACAAGGUUAUACAAGGUUAUAGUGAUACAACAAGGUCAUACGGACUAUGACUCAUGACCUGCCUUCUGACUUGUAGUUUUGUCCUGCCUAUAGGCUUGUAGUACUAUAUGGGACAUGAUGAUGAUGAUGAUGACAGAUUAUAGACGUGGAAAAAAAUGCUCUUCGAGAAUGUUUAUGUUCAUCUAAAAAAAGUAGAUAGAAUCCUGGCUGCUAGAAGAACCUAGUUGUAUGUAGUUUUCUGAUGUGAAAAGAGUUAAUGAAAAUUCGGAGAAUUAUCAAUAUCUUGAUUAUUCUCGACGUCGUGCUCGUGAUGCAUAAAGAUGUAGAAUUUAACGGUUAAAUUGCAAGAACUUAUUUAUCGUAAUGUUUGAAGAAGUAUAAGGCACCUUGGUCUUCCUCGAUGCAGCUCAUUACUUUUUUCCGAAUGAGACAGAGUGAUAGUGAUAGUACUAACCAAUAUUUGGAGGGACCAUGAGGCUCCCUCUGUUUCAGAUUUCAGAAGACGGUGAAUUUUUGUGCAGUAAUAAGUCUGAUUAAGUACAAUGUUGUAAGUUGUUAUAGUGUUGGAACACCCGAACACGUCCAAGCGCAAUAUGAGGCUCUUGAGAGUAAAUGGAAUGAUUAUCGUUGCAAUGUAACAGAAAGACGAUCAGAACGGACGUGCCGAAUGAUCACUGACUGUUUAAGGCCCUGAAAUGGUAUCAAAAUGGGUUCAAUGUCAUUGGGAUAUCAUGAAGGGUCAUAGUGCAGUUAAAGAUCUGGGAGAUCUUGCUGCUAAUUCAUGUUGGAAUUCAUUGAGUUCAAACGAUGAUCAUAGGAGGAACUAACAAGAGUUCAAGACAAGGAACGGCAUUGAUCAUGAUCAAGGUGACGAGUGAGAGCAGUCAUUUGACAUUGAAAUCAGGUUCGUUCGUUGGAUCUUGAGCCAGUAAUGACCAUUGACCAACACCCCUCCUCAAUCGCUAGGUGAGGAAAUGACGAAAGUCACAAACGGUCUGGUGUUACCUGCUCUGACCCAGAACCAUCACGAUUCUCUAUAUCCACUGACGUCACCACUUGACCAACGACCUAACACCCUAAGAAGAUAGAAUAGGUAAGCACCGCCACGGAAGCAGAACUUGAACCAGACUCAUCAUCUUCCGUUUCCGAGUCACUAUCAUCUUCAUCAUGGUUACGGCUAAUGACUGGAUUCUCUAUGUGAUGUAAUAAUAAUCUGCGUUGAGUAGAUGAGCAUGAAAGUUUCGUUAGUCCAUCAGCUUUCAUGAGGUGAGUAGGACAGAAAACUACUUUCUCAGCUGCGUCUCUAACUCGUAAAUAACGUAACGCAUAGUGUCUACUCUUAGGCUUCGUGUCUUCACUCUUUGCUGUCGAGAUUGCAGACUGGUUGUCUAUCCACAAUAUGGCAUCAUCGAGGGAUGGCGAUAUACCAAACCGCGUUUCCACUAAUUGAGUGGGUAAGGGAUUGAAGAAAUCUGUAAAAUCAUGCAGCUCGCUCAUGACAAUAGUGUCCGACGCGGCUAUAUACUCUGACUCUGCAGUUGAAUAUGCACGCACGGUUUGUGUAUUGCGUUUCCAACAGAUUGGAAAGCCCCGAUAGUACAUAAUCGAACCACUGGUCGAGCGCAUGCUCUUUAUGCAGUUUGCGAAUCCUGCAUCUGAGAACCAGUUAGUAUACGGUAGCUCUCUUCCUUCUGGUAGGAGCUUCUUGUAAAUUCCGUUGAAUUCUUCCUCACUUUCUGGAGAAUAAUAGAGUCCUUGGUCUUUUGUCGUAGCUAGAUACUUUAAUACUUUUCUACAGGCUUUUGCAAUUCUUUCUGUAACGGGCUUACUGACAUACCGAGCCAAUGUCGCCACAGGGACGCAAAUAUCUGGCCUUGCGGUUGUCGAUAUCCAAAGCAGUGCGCCAACAAUCUCACGCAAUGGAAACCCGGCUGCUAGCUUAAGCCCCUCCUCAAGCAAAGCAGACUCGUCGAAAUUUGGAGACCACACCGGCUUACCUAAUGUUAUUUUAUACUUCUGUAUAGUCUUCUCUAUGUACACAUUCAUCAGGAUUUUCACUGAACGUGCUUCCCGACAAUAGUGCACAAUCGCACCAAGAAAGUCGAACUCUAGCCAUUCGAAACCCGUAAGAGAAUCGACUCGCUUUGCCAUCUCAAUAGGUCGGCCAGGGGCGCGACUAAAGAUCCGGUCGAGCUCAGACCGUAACUCGUGAUAGUCAGGUCCAGUAGCUAAGUUAUCAUCAACAUAGACUGACAUCUUCAUAUACUUUCCUGGGUGCGUUUUGCUCUUUUUCCGCCACAAUCCUGGAGCAGAAGGACACGGCUCCCAUCCGAGUUCGGACAAUAGCACGCAAUACUUCUUGAACCAGGCUCGUGGAGCGUCCUUGAGCCCAUAGAGAGCUUUCUUAAGCUUGACGAUAUCCGCUCCAUGCUUCUCCGCCCACACUGGUGGAAGACGGCAGAAGACGUCACGAUCGAGUUCAGCAUUAAGGAACGCAGAAUCAAGGUCGAAUGGGAUGACGAAGUCAGAGUCCGUCGCUGCUGAAACGAGUAAAAGUCUAUUCGCAGCAUGUGACACUACAGGGGCGUAGGUGUCGAUAUUCCCCGAACGAUCAAGAUUCCCGAGCACACAAGCACGAGCUUUGAAAGUUCCAUCACGUUUUACCGUGAGAACGAUUGCUAUAGGCAUUACCUGAGAAGAGGUUCGCAGCUCCUCGUCAGUAGCUGGCGCCCAAGUCUCAAAGGCAAGUAGUCUAGCUUCCUCCUUGGUGAUAGCUGCACGCCAUUUCUCGGCGUCAGGGCUUUUCAAGGCUUGGGAAACUGACAGCAUGACAUGUGCUUCGAGAAAGGUCUCCCCUUCUUCCAGCUCAUGCCCGCCUGCUAGCAUGGCAAAUUUAUGCAUGUCUUUUCUUAAUGCUUCUAGCUCGGCUUUUGUUCUUCUUUUGCGUUGUCCUGGAUUCUUAUCCUUGCUCCCUUUAGGUCUUCCUCGGCCUUUCUUCCCCUCCUCAACUUUGCCUGGUUGAGAUGGUGGAAUGGGUAAGGUCCUCGGAUCCCUUGCUUCAGGAUUAGAGUCAGGCGACACACGCUCCGAUGAGAUAUUCCCCUCCUCAACGCGUUGCGCGUCAGAGUUGGAAUCAUCACCGGUCUUUGGAUCUUCCUCUUUGUCCAAAGAUUCACAGAAAAACUCACCAAUGUCAUUGUUAUCUAGUAUCAUUUCCAUGCCGGUUGGAUCGCCUGAGCUGUACUCCGUGCCAGAGAAGCGCGGCUGACAGGCCAUACGUUGCAGCGCAUGUCUGUGCAGGACGGGACCCAGCGACGGCGUGCCAGACUGCAGGUUUUCCAGCGGGUCAUAAUCAACAUAAAUGCCCUUCGACGUAGGCAAUAGCCAAUCAAUGUUCUUGACUAAUAUCGACUCUCGAAAUUUUACGUCUAGUGUGGAAUACUCACUCCACUUGAAGCCAGCUUUCGUUCUCCCAUCGUUGUGAUAUGUACCUACUAGCCAACCAGACGAAACUGGACACAGACCGAGAAACACACCACGCCGAUAAGGUGACGCAAGCUUUGCUUCUUUCUUGUUGGUGGUGUCUACGACCUGUUCACGAAAGUACACCAAGCAACCAAAUCUUCUUAACAUACCUAGACCACUUUUCGAGGACUUCUUUCCUAUCCUCUUUUCUAGUAUCUCGACAGGACUCAUUCCAUCACGUUCUGGCAUUUUUGCAUAACGAUGCGGUAAGCGAUUCCAACAAUCUCCGGCAUACUGUAAGCAGUAACACCAAAGACGUCGGUCGACUUUGACCAACAUGGUACGUACAGCACCGAAAAUGGUCCGCAUGAAACGUUCGCAAGUUCCGUUCAUUUCUGGGUUGUAAGGAACUCCAGGAAUUUCCGAAACCAGUAGCGAUUGCAUGACUUUGGUCAUAUGGUCACUACUUAGGACGGGUUCGUUAUCUCUACGGAUGAACCACACCACCUUGUCGUCGAGUGACAAUGAGUAGUCCUGGCGAAUGCCUUUUAUUACUUCUUCAAUCACCUCUACGCAGUCCGACUUGAGGCAAAGAGGACGAACGAAACACAUUUUAAUCGAAUCACAAAUAAUGACUAAAGCACAUCUUUUGCUUCUUAUAGAUACUGGUCUAAUACCAACUGCGAAAUCAAUUGCAAGUGUUUUCAAUGGAGAAGGUAUAUGUCCAGGGGGUCUCACUUUUGCAUGAGAGCGUCUUUGACCUUUGGUUCGAUCACAUUCUGGACAAGAUACACUAAGGCCAUCAACGUGAAAGUGACCAAGUCUACGAUGUAUGUCUAAUCUUGAAGCUUGUGAAUGAAGUCUAGCUUCUUCUAUACUAGUGCAUACUAUAUCCUCCUCAGUUUCAUUUUCUUCUUUGCUAAACAUGUCACAGCCUAGAAUAGGUAACUGCAUCUGGGGGCAAUUUGUUAUGGGUAGAGAGCGGCCGGAGCGAGUAUUGUACAACGUUCCGCCACUUUCUGUGAAAUUCAUUUGCCAACCCUUUUCAUGACAGUUUCCUUCACCUAACCACGGUAUAAUGCGAUCUAUGGCUUUUGGUAAGUGUUCAAAGUGUACGCCAUAUUUUAAUCCUAGUUUGUUUUCUUUUAGUCUACCUAGGUUCCCACUUCGCUUUCCAGCAGUGCCACUAAUAUGACAAAGCCGGUGGCUAAUUUUCUUGAAAUCGGAACGAUGGCUAGACAAAUACUUAUUUGCACAACUGUCAACAAGUGAAACUGUUUUGCUUUGAUUUGCACUAAGAUAGCAACCUGAGUGAUUGUCAAUCAUAUAGCUUUCAUCCCUAAGCAGUUCACUUCUAUAUUCUUUAUUCUCAAAGUUUUCUUCCAAGUUCAGCGAACAUUUUCCAUCCUCAUUUUGGAAAUCUUCUUCCAAUUCUUCUUCAUCUUGGGACUGUCCAUCUCGUCUCCCAUAUCCAUUCCAUUCCGGAUUGGUUUCGACUCAGCGUUGUGGUUGUUGUCCACCCCAUUGCUGCUGUGGGUUACCGUUGUCGAAUCCUUUUCCUCCACUUUGUUGCGGUGGAUAGUUGUUCUGGUGCCACGGAGGGAUAGUGUUACCUUGCGGCCAACAGUUGUAUGAAUUGUUGAAGAAGUUGCUGCCCAUGGCUUUGUUAGGUUGGUAGCUUUGACUCAUCGGGUUUAGCCAGCAUUUGUGCGCCUUAUGUCCAUAUUUGUGACAAUAGUUGCACUGGAUGCCCUCAUUAGGAUUUGAGUUCUUAGCACCUUUACCUUUGCCAUUUCCUUUGUUCUUCUUACUACUAGAACUACUACUACUACUCUUUCCACUUCCUUUUGUUGCGUAGACCUCGUUCUUGAUUUCUUUGCGAAUCUUCUUGCGAAGUCGUUUGAUCGUUGUUUUCUUGAGAGCGGCAAACGCGUUACCAUCGUCAUCACUCUCAUCUUGACGUUUACGCUUCUUGGUUUUGUUAUUGUUCUGGUUUUCAUCAUCGGAAUCUUCGACAGCUGGAAAAGCUUUGCCGAAAGAUGGAUUCUCGAUCUUGUACUCACCAGAGUCAAUCAAACUUUGAAGCCGUUUCGUGAGUCUGUCACCGAUUUGGACGAACGUUAGAUGUUCAUCUUCUUGCAUCCUCUCGAUUGUCUGUCGAAAUGCUUUGGAAAACAUUUUUGGCAGAAUGUCGAGGAUUGCUCCGUUUUGUUGAUCAGCAACAGCCACACCAACUUCCGGCGGGUAUACGGUCGGAGAUUGGUUCAUGACAUCUCUAACCUUCGCCAAGAAUGUUGGAACGUCUGGAGGAGAAUCACUGUUCGUGAAAUGCAUCCCUUCCAACGCUUUAGCAGAGAUUCGCUGCUCUGUGCGGUCAUUUUGACUGAAACCAGCGUCACGGAGGUUUGUUACCACUUCACCAGCGUUCAUUACAGUGGUAUCCUGAUCCUUCAUAUGUGCUGCGGCUGCACCUUUGAGCGACUUGAUGAUCACGUUCUUCAAAUCUCGCCAAUUCUGCUGGAGCUUGCGGUCGUUGUUGUUGGGUUGGUUCGGAAUCCCUGCCGCAUUGCCGUUCAGCACGUUGUUGAAGUAUUGGACUAGGUCCAGGCGGUCCGCUUCUUGCGUUACCGCUCGAAGCCAGUCACGCCAGUCAGAUUUCUGUCCCAGUUUGGGUGAAAUCUCUCCAAGACUCAUAUCGGGCAUUUUGUGGCGCAAAUAAUGCGACUUUGUUUUCUCUACUUCUACAAAGUAUUGACUAGCAAUUUCUUUAAUAAGGUAAGGCUCAAGGGCUUGAAACAGUGUUGGAACACCCGAACACGUCCAAGCGCAAUAUGAGGCUCUUGAGAGUAAAUGGAAUGAUUAUCGUUGCAAUGUAACAGAAAGACGAUCAGAACGGACGUGCCGAAUGAUCACUGACUGUUUAAGGCCCUGAAAUGGUAUCAAAAUGGGUUCAAUGUCAUUGGGAUAUCAUGAAGGGUCAUAGUGCAGUUAAAGAUCUGGGAGAUCUUGCUGCUAAUUCAUGUUGGAAUUCAUUGAGUUCAAACGAUGAUCAUAGGAGGAACUAACAAGAGUUCAAGACAAGGAACGGCAUUGAUCAUGAUCAAGGUGACGAGUGAGAGCAGUCAUUUGACAUUGAAAUCAGGUUCAUUCGUUGGAUCUUGAGCCAGUAAUGACCAUUGACCAACAUAUAGUGUUUCGUCGAAAGCAAGGUGCGAAGUGAUGCCAAGUGUUGCAUGUUGUGUCUGACCAAAAUUGAAGAUUUUUAGGUAUUUUGCUGAAG